AUGGAUACAAAUGUUCCACAGUGUUCUCAAUGUAUGGGGAAAGUAGAAUUCUACUGCAGAACGUGUAAUCAGGACCUAUGUGAUUCUUGUAAGGAGAAACAUGUAAUAGACCUCGACACAAAAUAUCACGAUGUAGGGAUUGAUGGCUUAAGAUAUGAUGACUUCAUCAUGCAUGAGCUAGAAAAUUGUGAAAAUCACCAAGCCCGACAACUAAACAAAUGUUGCUUGUCAUGUGAACGUCUUAUCUGUGCCGAGUGUGAUGGACACCAAGAUCAUGAAAUACUAGAUAUAGGUUAUGAACAGCUGUUAAUCAGGAAGGAGAAGAAGGUACAAUUUCUUUUACAUGUAAAGAAAAACCCUUACCCAAAUGUAAAGGGCUUUCCUGCUACCUCCAAUUUCUUCCUGAGUAAAAGGAGUGAAAUCAACAAAGAAGAUAUAACAAAGUUACUGUUGGAAAUAACUAUUGACACAAAAGAGAGACAAGUAGGUAACGAACAGCUUCUGGUACGGAUGCCUUCACCUGUGUUAAAGAAAUCUUUUCCAGUGGGGGAAAGUGUUUAUCAUAUGUCCUUUGCAACAACAGACAUGAUUUGGAUCAGUGAUCAGUAUGGAUUUACCAUCCUGACAGACACAACUGGUGACCCUUUAUGCGUUCUUUUAAAUAACAUGGAACCAUGGGUUGCAAAAUGUGUCUACAGCUCCCACUCCAACGGAGAUUUACUAGUUGGGGUACUACGAUACGACAGGGAUAAAAAUAAACCAACAAAGGCCAAGGUGGUGCGGUAUAUCAGAACAGGAAAGAAAUACAAAUACAAACAGGUCAUUGGUGACGAGAACAAGGAUAAGAGACUGUAUGGACACCCUUUAUACAUCACCGAAAACCAUAACGGAGAUAUUAUUGUGUCUGAUCAAUACCAUGCUGUAGUGGUUACAAAUCGAAAAGGUAAACAUCGCUUCUCAUACACAGGACCUCCCAAAUAUAAAACAGAUGAGUUCUCCUUCAAGGGACCUCUGCCAAGAUCACGACUUUUGCCCUUAGGACUGUGUGUAGACGCACUGUCAAAUAUCCUUGUGUCUGAUGCUAACAGCAAAACAAUUCAAAUUAUAGAUAAAGAUGGUCUCUUCAUAUCACAUUUUUUUACUGAACAAAGAUGGAAAAACGCUCCAAGGGCUCUUUGUUACAACAACAAAAAUCACCUUCUCUUGGUUGGAACAAGCGAUCAUAACGAUGAAAUAUGCAUAUACAGAUACAUACAGAGAAAGGAGGUUGACUAA